ACGAGGAUAAAACAUGACAAUGCACAUCUUAUAAGUGGUAUCGACUUUGAAGGACCAACUGUGGGUCUUGCUUUCAUCGGGACUCUCUGUUCUGGUCACUCUGUCGGCGUAGUACAGGAUCACAGUGAUGCAGCCAUAGCAGUGGGAGCAACACUGGCUCAUGAGAUGGGCCACAACCUGGGCAUGGACCACGAUGACUCCAGUGGUUGUUUAUGUUCUGACGAUAGCUGCAUCAUGGCAGCAGCCCUCAGCUGGAAAACUCCUCGAAGCUUCAGUAGCUGCAGCAGCAGCAACUAUGAAAAGUACCUAACAAGCCGCAGCCCCAGCUGUCUGCUGGACAAACCAGACUACAAGAGUGUCGUGGCUCCCGCGGUCUGUGGAAACGGCUUCAAAGAGGAAGGAGAGCAGUGCGACUGUGGUUCGGUGCAGGAGUGCACCAAUCCCUGCUGCAACGCCAUCACCUGCACCCUGAAAGAGGGUUCACAAUGUGCUGAAGGCGAGUGCUGUGAGAACUGUAAGGUGAGUCAGUAAGAAGACC